AUGCGAGAGGGCACGCAGAAAGUUCCCUUGCACCACUGUGGUGCUGCGCGGGCCAAUGAGCUCUUCAUUUCCGAUUUGGCCAGCAAAGCUCGAAGUCUCGACGGGGAUCAGGCCAAGAUGCCAGUGUCCGGGACACUGGCCGUUACGGUCCAUCGACUCGAGGCUGCGGAAGCCCGCGACCCGGGAGAAAAGCUCAGCAUACGAUUGGCUGUGGGCAACAACGAGCGCCACACGAAGUUCGUGUCGGUCGACAGCGAUAUCGACGAAACCCUGCACUAG